AUGUUCCCUCUCUUGUAUACGAUUAUCGAUCGUAAUCAUUUCUGGCUCGCUGUUCCGCUUGUGCGAGUCAAGAAAUGUUUCCGUUCCUUCCGCGGAAAGUUGCCCAGUCCACCCGAUCUACCACCACAGCCACCUCACAGGCCUCGAAGGCACCACGUACUGUGGUCCAAGCAAGACGAAUCUGCAAAGGGCACACGAAGGCAGGCGGAUGAUGCCUUGCUUAGCCAGGACUACUCCAUCUUAGUCUGUCUCUCACUGUCUGAUUACGCUCUAUGGUCUAACUCGGAUUUGCGACGAACUCUCGUCUCUGGGAAUGACGGAUUUCUUCCGAUCAGUUACCUCUUUCAUCAUUCGCCAUUUCUGUCAGCAUUGGAGCACCUGCCUGCCGAAACCAUCGUUGUGAAGUCUAUACGCACCUAUGCCGAUGAUUAUCUAGACGUUCGCAUGCGAGUCUCUGCACCUUCUUCUUCGACAUGGCACCGACAAAAUGCUGCCGAAGAAUUGGGCGGAUAUGAAGUGAGAAGGAAGAGCUGGCAAGCGGCGUUGAAGCAGGCGCGCCAUCUCAGUAAACUGGAGUGGGAUAAUAGGACAGUAUAUCUGGAGAAUAUACCGUUGAAAUUUCGGACCGUCCCUGCUAUAUACACUCUCACAAACUUUUUGAUCACAGGCGCAUCGUCAUCUACAAAUCCCGCGGAAGUUGUGCAACAUAUAUGGCUACCUCCUCAUCACCAGGAUCACUCUGGAGAUCGACCAAAAUGCAAAGGUUUCGCUCUUGUUACGUUUGCUCAACAUGAAUAUGCAGAAUGCCUACUCCAAGGGUGGCCUUGGGAUCCCCGACGAAAGGACCUUGGAGGAUUCGAUUUGGUGCACGUUACAGAAGCGCAGGAAGCCAUCAACUUUGGCUUCCGUACCCUGCCGCGCACACGAUGGAUCCAGCUGAACGAGGAAUACCGCACUUAUCGUCAGAAGCUCCUCGAUGUGAUUGCGCACGCGGACGAAGGUGCCGCGCAACAAAAUUUUGGCGCAUACCAUAGUACAGGACGGCAUGUGGUCAUAGAGGAUCAUCCGUCCUUGGCAGCUGCACCCGUUGCCCUUGCCGUUGAUCAUUCGUUUUUGACCGCACCUAUGGAUUUGUCGGCACCGUUUCCCCGGGGAUGCCUUGUCUUCGUGCGGAACGUACAUCCUGAGUCAAACAAGACAACCUUGCGCGCGCUCUUCUCGCAAAUGUUCUCAGCUUGGUCUCCAGAUGAAAAGCUCUCAGGUGGCGUUGACUAUGUAGAUUUCAACAAGGGCAUGGAUUCGUGUUACCUACGCUUGACAAACCCGCGACACACUCAGAUACUAGCAACAUUCUUCGCUGAAAAUAUCCGAAUACAAAUGCAAGGUCUCGACACCAGUGGCGACGACUCGUCCACGUCUUCCCGAGCAAAGGCAAUUACAGUAGAAGUCGUCGACGGCACCAGAGAAGAAUUGUACUGGAACAAAGUACCUGAAAAGGUGCGUCGAGAGGCUGUCGAGAGAGCUGUCAAGUGUACGUCAGGGAAUGCCAUCAAUGACGAUAGCCAUGAUGCACCCCAAAACAGUCAUGGCGCGCGCAAGCGGAAACGGAGAAAAUUACAGAGCUGA